AUGGACACAAACACCAUUCAACUUGACACAUUUAAGACACUGACCACUCCCUCUGACACAUUUGAGACACUGACCACUCCCUCUGACACCUUUGAGACCCUGACCACUGCCUCUGAUUCCUUUGAAACACUGAUCACUCCCCCUGACACCUUUAAGACACUGACCUCUCCCCCUGACACCUUUGAGACACUGACCACUCCCUCUGACACCUUUAAGACACUGACCACACCCUCUGACACCUUUGAGACACUGACCACUCCCUUUGACACCUUAAAGACACUGACCACUCCCCCUGACACAUUUAAGUCGCUGAGCACUCCCUCUGACACAUUUGAGACACUGACCACUCCCUCUGACACCUUUGAAACACUGACCACUCCCCCUGACACCUUUGAGAUACUGACCGCUCCCUCUGACACCUUUAAGACACUGACCACACCCUCUGACACCUUUAAGACACUGACCACACCCUCUGACACCUUUAAGACACUGACCACUCCCUCUGACACCUUUGAAACACUGACCACUCCCUUUGACACCUUUGAGACACUGACCACUCCCCCUGACCCCUUUAAGACACUGACCUCUCCCCCUGACACCUUUGAGACACUGACCACUCCCUUUGACACCUUUGAGACACUGACCACUCCCUUUGACACCUUAAAGACACUGACCACUCCCUCUGACACCUUUUAG